AUGUGGGCAAAGCAUGCAGGUAAGGCCAUUCGGUCACUUGGACAAACAAUCGACCGCGUCGGUAUUUCACUGGAGGGAAAAUUUACCUACACGGAGCACUUGAACCCUUCAACACGCGCUGUAAAGAACUUGGGACGCUCGCCCAAGUUUGAAGAGGGGGUGUUCGUAGCGCCUAACGCGUCGGUGAUCGGCGAUGUGAAGGUGGGCAAGGGCAGCUCCAUCUGGUACAACGUCACGGUACGCGGCGACGUUAACCACAUUACAAUUGGCGAGAACACAAAUAUUCAGGACCAAGCUGUGGUGCACGUGGCCAAGAUCCAUAAGGACAUUCCCACUAAGAUCGGCAACAAUGUGACUGUGGGCCCUGCCGCCAUCGUCCACGCUUGCACCAUUCAGGACCACUGCAUUAUUGGCACGGGCGCGCAAGUGAUGGACGGCUCUGUGGUUGGAGACAAGUCUAUUAUUACGGCCGGAUCCAUCGUUACCAACGGUAUGCAGGUGCCUUCGGGCCAGCUCUGGUCAGGUGUUCCCGCCCGCUACUUGCGCGACCUUACAGCUGAGGAGAUGCAGUUCAUGCAGCAGUGCUCGGCUGAGUACACACAGCUGGCAGAACAGCAUGCCGUGGAGUGCGCCAAGAGCUUCGAGGAGUACGAAGCUGACAUGGAACGCUACAAGAUCCUGCGGGAUGUGGGCGAGACAGGCCUGCCCCAAAAGGAGGACACGCGCGAGGACACUGGUCUAUACUUCCGUUACUAG